ACCUUUGUUGUUAUCUUUCUUUUAUUGGUUAAAUUCGAACUUCUUAAACAAAAGCUGCACGACUCACCUUUGGUCAAUAUUGACCCAAACGUUGUCAUCUGUGCACCUGGCGCUGACUUUACUCCUUCUUCUGCCAUGCUGGACGGGUUUCCAUACAUUCAAAAAGACUCCUUUAAACGUCCUCUUGAGGAUACCGACCGU